CGUUAGCGUGGGGGGGGUCGCUUUUGAGCAUGCGCGGACCGAGUGUGCGGCGUGGUGCUAUUCCCGGCGGGUACUUAAGGGUUGGAUUUAUUUGGUUUUAAGUUUUUCGGCUGGUGUACAGCACAGUUCCUGGCGGCCUCAAAGAAAGGAUACAGUAUUAUGGUUCCAAAAGCGCUGACCUGAGGGGAUAUGGGCCUUGGGCCCGGUGAAGCAGAGAGCUUCCUCAUCCCGAAGGAGCCUGCUCGGAGCCAUAACCAGGACACUUAUCCUGGGGUGGGAAGCAGAGGUCCUUACCUAGAGCGCCGCUUCUGAAGAAGAUGACUCAGGACCAGCCUUUGCUCGCUGUGCAGCAGGCCCUGAAGAAGUGCUUUCCGGUGGUGGAGGAACAGCAGGGCCUGUGGCAGAGCACCCUGCAGGACUGCCAGCCCCUCCUGGCCUCCCUCGGCAACCUGGCAGAGCAGCUGCAGGCCGCACAGAACCUGCGAUUUGAGGAUGUGCCGGCGCUUCGGGCCUUCCCGGACUUACAGGAGCGGCUGAGACGCAAGCAGCUGGAGGCUGGCGACACGAUCCUGGACAAGCUGGAGGAGAAGCUAGACACCCUUCUCAAGGUGCGGGACACUGUCAGCAGCCACGUGGAACGAGUGUUUCAGACCUAUGAGCAACAUGCAGACGCAGUUGGCAUUGAUGCUGUCCUUCAGCCCUCGGUGGUGAGCCCCUCUGUGGCGGACAUGUUGGAAUGGCUGCAAGACAUCGAGAGACACUACCGAAGCUCGUACCUGAAGAGAAAGUACCUCCUCUCCUCCAUGCAGUGGGGAGACUUGGAAGGCAUUCAAGCACUGCCCACAGCCUGGAACCGAAUUUCAGAGGAUGAGCGCCAAGACCUUGUGCAGGAUAUCCUAUUGAAUGUAUCUUUCUUCCUGGAGGAGUAAGGAAGCUAAGCUGUGUGUUUAUCGGAGACGGAGGGCCACUGCUGAAGACUGACAUUGCUGCACUCUGGUAUUUCUAAAGGAACAGCAGCACAGCAACCUGUCACAUUGGAAAUGUCAAUGCCUAGAACCUGAGGACUGGGUCUUGGGAGGAUUGGUGGUGCAUCUCUGGGGGCAUGGCCAAGGGUACAUGGGUCACUGCUUACCCUUUCCUGAGGCUCAGGGAAGUGAGUGGAGGCAGACGGAAAGUAAAGGCAGUGCUGUCAAUACAGUAUCUGUAUCUUAAGGCCUGAAGUAGGGAGGGAAAGGACAGGAGAUAAAGGGCUACAGGAGCUCCUGGCAUUGUCUGUGUACAAGUCAGUCUCUGACUCCUUGAUGAAGGAGAAGGUGGUUUUGAUGGUUUAAAUAAAUAAAAGUGAGGCUGGGAAUAUAAUGCAGUGGUAGAGCUCAUGUUUGGUACGGGCCCAGCACCAAACAAUAAAAUAAGAAAUACAGAAAGGAAGAAAGCCAGGUGUGGGUGUACAGGACUGUGAUCCCAGCAUUUGGGAGGCUGUGGCAGAAAGAUUGCAAACUUGAGCCAGCCUAGGCCUCAAUAGCAAGUUCAAGGCCAGCCUGGACUACAUAGUGAGACCUGGUCUCAAAAAGGAAAAAAAAGGUGAUGUUGAUGGAAAACAUUUCAAAAUUAAAAUACUUGACCCAUUGCAGUAGCUCCUUAUUAAGCCACUUUCAUUUCCUCAGCCUGCCACCAGGGGGAGCUGAUGCAGCAUGACUCGGCUGAAUGCUUUGUCUUUGAGCGCUUUCCCUUGUUGCUGUCAGCCAUGUGGGAGGAAGUAACUAGCCAGUGAGACUCCCAAAAUGACAGGGUUUGGCGGCAGCGGGCAUCGCGCGUGGCGCGGGCCGCGUUCUCGUGAGCUGGGACUAACUGCACAGCCCAGAGCCGCCGCCUCGGGUGCCUUGCGGAGGCCCGGGGCUCCAGCUCUUCCGCUGCCCUGCGCUCGCAGAGCUUCCCGUUUCCCAGCUGCUUGGAGAGGUCUGGAUCCCUGAGGGAAAGCUCUGUAAUAAAGAGAAUAGUGUUUUUCAAAGUAAAAAUGACUUUUUUCCUUACGCUUAUUUUAGUAAUUGUAGGGAAGAUUUAAAAUGUAGAAAAGUAUAAGGCAAAUUCCAUCAGAGACAUUUUAAUAUGUCCUUUCAUUGUCCAUUCACAGUUUUAGUGAAAAACAGAAGGUAUCGCUACAUGUCAUUAGACUGUCUUUAAAAACUUCAAAUGUACCAAAUUCAUCUUCAUAUCUGUUCUUAUACCUCAAUACAAUUGUAACCGUUAUCUUUAUCAUAUAACACAUAUUUGCCUGUGAUUAUAUCUUACAUUUUAUGUAAUUUUUCCAAAUCUUCAAAUUCUGUGUACAAAGAUCAUAUACUCUAUGAAAAAUGAAAUGCACAAAAAUGUACCAUUGUUCACGUAAUACAUAACAAUUAUUAAUAACAUAGUGUAUAUUCUUCCAAGAAUUUUACAAAAAAAUCUAUCAUAUGCAUAAUUGUUAUGUAACUAAAACUAAACUCAGAAGAGAUUUGA